GAAACAUGAGCAGAAGAACGUUCACUGUGUUUCCUGUCAGAAGAGCCGCAGACUGACAGACACAGGACAGAUCUGAGUUCUUCAGUCCGUGUACACCCAGAGAUGUCGGAGUCCCCAGACGUCCGCAGCCUGCUCUCUGCCUCCUCCCAGCUUAACCUGAUGGAGGUGGACCCGAUCGAUGAUAAGGAGUUUGACAUUCCCCAAGUGGACACACCUCCCACACUGGAGAGCAUCCUUAAUGAGCUGGACGAUGAGGAGGAGCCCUUUAUGUUGGAAGACACAUGCACACUGAGCACAGAUAACAUGGAUGCUCAUUCCUGUGACACAUCCUCUCUGGCCAGUUCGGACAGUGGAGACCCUGCACAUCUCAAACGAAAAAGGAGGAUGGUGGAUCUAAAUGCAACAGUUCAUGGGUCUGUUCUUCGACACAGCCUGCUGAAAGGAAUCUCUGCACAAAUCGUCUCAGCUGCUGAUAAAGUGGAUGCUGGACUGCCAACUGCUAUAACAGUGUCAGGUGUGAUUGCUGUGGGGACGUCUCAUGGUCUGGCUCUGGUUUUUGAUACCAACCAGGCCCUGCGACUCUGCCUGGGCACCAAGACAACUGGGGCAGAGUUUGGAGCUGUCUCCGCCCUCAGCAUCAACCACGAUUGCUCACGACUUCUCUGUGGAUUUGCCAAAGGACAGAUUACAAUGUGGGAUCUAGCCAAUGGGAAACUGCUGAGAACUAUCACCGAUGCCCAUCCUCCAGGGACAGCUAUACUGCAUGUUAAGUUCACAGAUGACCCAACUCUUGCAGUGUGCAAUGACAGUGGAGGAUCAGUGUUUGAGCUGGCCUUCAGGAGAGUAAUGGGGAUGCGCACCUGUGACUCUCGAUGUCUCUUCAGUGGUUCUAAAGGGGAGGUCUGCUGUAUUGAGCCUCUGCAUGCUCCUCCAGACUUCAGAGACCAUCCCAUCACACACUACUCUCUACUGGCCAUGGCCUCGCUCACUAAAAUUCUGGUCAUUGGCCUGAAGCCCACCCUGAAAGUUUGGAUGACUUUUCCCUACAACAAGUCGGAUCCAUCCAGCGUUCCUCAGCUGGCCUGGCAGUUUGUUACUGUUCAGAAGACAGUCAACCCUAUCCUGGCUUUUUGUAAAGGAGACACCGUCCACUUCCUGCUGGUUAAAAAGGAGGAGAUGGGGACCAUCCAUGUCAUCAAACAAAGACAACUCCACCUCAGCUGUGACAUCAUCAGCCUGAGUUGGAUCAACAGUCGCACACUGGUCCUGGUAGACAGCCAUGAAAAGCUGCACGUUGUGGACCGGCCCAGUCAGGAGAUUUUGGAGAUGCUGGACUUGGAGCAGGUGCAACUGGUCUAUAACAGCCGACAUUUCAAAUCGCUGGCUACUGGAGGGAAUGUCUCCCAGGCUCUGGCUUUAGUUGGAGAGAAGGCCUGCUACCAGUCGGUUUCAAGCUAUGCAGGACAGAUCGUCUAUUUGGGCACUAAGUCAUCUCACAUUAUGACUCUACGAAACUGGAGAGAGCGUUUAGACUGUCUGCUGAAACAGGAGCAUUUUGCUGAAGCGCUCACUUUGGCCUGGUCUUUCCAUGAGGGAACUGCUAAAGCUGUGGUUGGCCUGUUUGGAGAUCCGAUAAAAAGGAAGGGAGUGGUAGCUGACAAGAUGGUAGAGAUCCUUGGCCAGUUUGCUGAUCACACUUUGAAGAAGUGUCCAGAACAAGGCAAGAUCCAAGUGAUGGAGCAACAUUUCUAUGAUGUGGUUCCAGUCCUGGUGGAUUACUGCCUGCUGCUACAGAGAGCUGACCUGCUGUUCAGCCAUCUGUAUACUCGCCUGGUGGAGAACACAGUUUCAAAGGGAGUUUUCCUGGAGUCGCUGGAGUCAUACAUUGUUGCUGAUCGUCUUGGUCACUUGACCACACCCAUCAUGAGGGACCUCCUGGCUCAUUACCAUGGCAACGGUAUGAUGGACAGUCUGGAGAGAUGUAUAGUCCAUCUGGAUGUCACCAGCCUGGACAUACAGCAGGUCGUUCAAGUGUGUUGGGAGAAUCAGCUCUAUGAUGCGAUGAUCUACGUUUUCAACAGCGGCAUGAAUGACUACAUUACACCUAUGGAGAAACUCUUUGCAGUGAUUGGACCACCACUUAGGGAGGGUAGAAGCCUAACAGAUGAGGAAGUGGUGAUGGGAAACAAGAUUCUAGUUUACAUAAGCUGUUGCCUAGCGGGAAGAGCGUACCCACUAGGAGACAUCCCUGAAGACCUUGUGAUUCAAGUCAAGAACCAGGUGUUUGAGUUCCUGAUCCGUCUCCACUCAGCUGAUUGGUCAGAGGAGGAGGAGGUUUUCCCCUUUAUUCGUACACUCCUCCACUUUGACACGCGGGAGUUCCUCAAUGUCCUCGCCAUGACAUUUGAAGACUUUAAGAAUGACAAGCAGGCCCUUGAGUACCAGCAGAGGAUAGUGGACAUCUUACUCCAGGUGAUGGUGGACAACCCAGACUUCACUCCCUCCCAGGUGGGCGGGCUCUUCACCUUUUUGGCUCGACAGUUGGCCAAACCAGACAACACACUUUUUGUGAACAGAAAGCUCUUUGAUCAGGUUCUGGAGUUCCUGUGUUGCCCUGACGAUGACUCCCGACACACAGAGAGGCAGCAGGUGCUCCUGGAGCUGCUGCAGGUCGGAGGUGUGGUGCAGUUUAAUGAAGAAAGGUUGUUGGCUUUGGCAGAGAAGGCCAAGUUCUACCAGAUCUGUGAAUUCCUUUACGAGAAGAAACAUCUCUAUGACAGGAUCAUCGACUGCUACCUGAGAGACCCCCUACGAGAGGGGGAGAUCUUCAGCUACAUCCACAAUCUGCUGUCCAUGCCUGGCUACAGCCCUGAAGAGAAACAAACAGUAAAGGAAAAAGUGCUGCAACACAUCCAGGAGCUGGUGACACUUGACCCCAGCAAGUCAUCUGAUGUAGUGGUGCUUCAUUUCACUGAAGAGGUGCAGCUAAUCAUCUCUGAGCUUGAGGAUGAUGAGCUACUUUUCAAGUUCCUCAGCUGCCUCCUGGAGCCCCGGGAAGGGCAUCAUUCAGGGGCCGACCUGCCUCUGGAACGUGACCUCCAUGAGCGUCUGCUGGAACUACUGUGCCGCUUUGCACCCCAGCAGCUCCUGAGCUUCCUCCAGACUUCCCAGCACUACAGACUGGAGGAGGCCAUACAACUAACAGAGAUGAACCACCACAGUGAAGCCACAGCCUAUUUACUGGAGAGGAAGGGCGACUUUCAUGGAGCCUUUUCUGUCUUGAUAGAGACACUGAAGGAGAAACUGUGUCUCCUCACUGCGGAGAGUGACACAGAAGCAGAAGACAGACGACAUGAUGAAGAUGAGAGAACCGAUGAUUCAACACUGACCAGAAUAAAGGAUUCACUGAAUGACAUCAUCGCCUUGUGUCAUCGAAGCUCACACAACCUCUACCAGCAACAAAGAGAGGACACACAGAGCAGUGAGCAGCCAUGUACGGCGCACGGGGAGCAGAUGUUGGGGAAUGAGGUGCUCAGGGGCACUAGACAGGGUAGGGAGAAUCCUCUUGGAUUUUUGGACAGAUCAAUCCAGGCUCUGUGGUUUCCACUUCUGGAGACCAUGAUGGCUUCUCAGAAACUAGUGAAGGAGUCCAAUCCCAAACACACCUCUGAAGUGUUGAAGGAGCUGACGAUGAAGGUUCUCAACUCUAUGAGCAGCUUCAUUCCUUUGCCUGCCAUCAUCCAACGAAUACUGCAGGACCCGGUUUAUGGGAAAGGAAAGCUUGCAGAGAUCCAAGGCCUUAUUCUGGGUAUGCUGGACACAUUUAACUAUGAACAGACUUUACUUGAAACAACCACUAGCCUGUUGAACCAUGACCUCCACUGGUCCCUGGCACACCUCCGUGCUGCUGUCACAAGGGGACUCCACCCACGCCAGGACCACUGUAACAUCUGCCUCCAGCAAUACAAGAGAAGGCAGGAUUCAGCUGAAGAGAUCAUUGUGUUCAGCUGUGGCCACCUGUACCACUUCCAGUGCCUGCAGCAGAAGGACUGUGGGUGGGGCCUUGCCUCAGAGCGGCAGCAGCGCUGGAGCUGCUACAAGUGUUCCUCCAGCCAAGGAGGGAAGGGAGGCUCUUCCACUGAACCAAACAGAAGCCGCAGCAUGUCACUGGCACAGACUCGUGUUACAUCAGUGCAUCAUGAUGCAGGAGCAGAAGCUCACAGGAAGAAGGUGUUUGUUGAGGCAUCAUUGGACCUUCAGCAGGAACAGUCCUGGGAUCAGCUACGCUCUUUAUACCGAGGACCCUCCAGGUUGUCCAUCCUUUCAGAGCUCUCCCACUGCCACAGCGAGAAGACGGGGCCUCUGAUCCCGGCCCAACCAGGAGCAGAGAAUUUCCAACUGAAACUCGCUCCUCCACCUCUGUUGGAGGAGUAGCAUAGUUACUGAUCAACAUUUCCAUCAUUUGUCCAGAUUCAAGUAGAAAUUUUAACUUGAAGGAGACUUUCUUGAUAUUUUCGUUGUGAAUUGUAAAUUUCUUUUUUAUUGUGACAAAUUUGAUAUUGUAUAACUGUUAUGUAACUAUAUCAAAAAUUAUUAUUAUUUCCAACAAACUGAAUCUAUGUAUCAGAAUGCCUUUUCCACCAAAGGGAACUGAGUGCUACUGCUGGUUCAACUUAGGAACCUUUAAAGAACCAGUUUGCUUUUCCAUGGGUCAGAGGCGCCUUAAGGCUACACCAUUGCAUCACCAUAUACGUCAGUGUCUACAUCUCUAUGCCUCAACUGUAUAAAUGAACCCACAUACUGGCACUUAUUAUGUUACAUUAAAUGAUACAUAUCCAUUAAUUCA